AUGUCCGAUGCGGUGCCCGAUGAGGUAUGGCGCAGGCGCAUUCUCCCCUCCCUCCUCGUCCAUGAGCUCGUCUGUGUGCGAGCCACUUGCCGGGCGAAGUCGGCUCUGGUGACGGCUGGUUUGCUGGUGGAGCGCAUCGACGCGUCCCUCGCCCGCCUCACACUCACCGGCCUCAUCGACAUCGACCGCACGGCCCCCCUCUCAUUGACCUAUGUGCUGCGGGUGGCCUAUGUGCUGGAGCAGGGCAGCAGCCAGGAGUGGCGUCGGGUCGGUGUGGUCUUCAUCCGCCUCGCCGCCAUCUAUCGGCUGACACCGGCCAGUGGACUGCCGCUGGUGCUGCCGGCUCAGUGGCUGAUGGCCAACCUCCUCAGCAAGACGACCUUCCAUCAGCUGCCCUUAGCCAUGGCCAUUUACCGCCUAUUCGGCCACAUACUCACCUCCCAGGGACAGAGCCUGGCGCUGCAGCAAGCCGGCAACGGUGCCUAUCGGAUCGGCAAUGUGUCGUUCGGUGUGGUGCAGCUGAGUGACCUGCCUCACGGCAAUGACUAUGCUACCGGCUAUCAGCGGACCGAUCCCGUCAUCCGAUGGGACAACCUGCUCUACCCCUCCUUCUCAUCGUUCCUCCUGCGCACGGUGCUCGUGUGGUGGCGCCAUGGGGUAGGGGUGGGCCGCAGGCACGUCUUGACUGGACGCAUCAUCGACAAUGACCCCCGCUACCGCCGUCUGCUGACCGAGGCCAUGAGCGAGCAGCAGCAUGGGGGCAUCGCUGUGGACUACCGCUGGGACGGACGCAACCUGAAUCAUGCCAACCCAACCUACUUUCGAUGUGUGAGUGUGAGCGGCUUCCGGCCUGGUGAGAGAGUCGCUGCGUAUGUGGAGGUAGGUGUGGGCGACAUCCGUCUGUUGACGACCGAGCGGCCUGUUGGCGAUCGGUCUCAGCCGCUCGUUGAUCGCUACCCCAUAUCGAUGCCCCGCUGGCGUGCCGUGCUGAGGCACUUCGGCGUUGAGGACGAUGUCAUCAACAGAGGGAGGGUGCUGGGAGGGGGUGAUGGGGUGAGGGGGUGAGGCGAAUGGACAUGUGUGUGCGUGGUAGAGGUCGGCUGACUGUGGUGGAUGAGUGUAGUGGCUAACCCUCCCUCUCUCUCUCUCGUUUUCCAUCCCUAUAGCUUCUGUAUACCAUAUUGGUGUGUGUGACUCUCCAUAUGGCUAGGGAGAGGAGGGCGAUGGAUGGAUGUCAUUCAUCGUUGUGAGUGAGGGAGUGAGUGGGUCGGUGGAUGUGAG